AGGAAGAUCCUCGCGAGGAAAGAAGACAGAACGUGACUGCACAGCAUGGUGCCUUGGACUGUAUGCGUGCUGCUGCUGAGCGCAGGCCUCGCAAGGACAGGGUCAAAUGCUCAGGAGUGUGGACAGGCUCCUCUGAGCUCCAGAGUGGUGGGGGGUGGAGAUGCUCCUGCUGGAUCAUGGCCUUGGCAGGUCAGCAUGCACGUCCGUGGGUCUCACAUCUGUGCAGGGACAGUGAUCGGUGAGGGAUGGGUGCUAACAGCAGCACACUGCAUCAUUACUCGAUCUGUUAGUGAAUACACUCUCUACUUCGGGAGAAACACUCAGGCUGGCCCCAACCCGAAUGAGGUCCGGAGGGCGGUGUCCCAGAUCAUCGUUCAUCCCAACUACAACAACACAUUCCUUAACAACGACGUUGCGCUCAUGAAGCUUGACACACCGGUCACAUACACCAACUUCAUCAGACCGGCCUGCCUGGCCAGUAACGCCAGCCACUUCAACAACGCCACGUCCUGCUGGGCCACCGGCUGGGGCAGAACUGCAAAAGAUGUGUCUUUGCCGGCUUCCUCCCCUCUGCAAGAGGUUCAAAUCCCUGUCAUUGGAAACAAUCAGUGUGCCUGCACUUACGUCCCAGCUGAAGAGGCGAACAUCACUGCCCAGAUGAUUUGUGCGGGGCAAAGAAACAAAGGAAUAUGCCAGGGGGACUCUGGUGGGCCUCUGCAGUGCAAACAGAACUCCACGUGGAUCCAGGCUGGCAUUGCCAGUUUUGGAAUUCCCUGCGCGACGGGCUUCCCCGAAGUCUAUGCCCGAGUGUCGGAGUUCCAGGCUUGGAUCACUGAACAGGUGGCGGGGGCGAGCGUCGGCUUUGUGACGUACAUGUCCAGCGGCGCCGACCCGGACGCCACCGUUGUGUGCCGCAGCACAAAUGCUGGAAGUUCAACCAAGUUCGCGACUGAACUGGCGUUUCUUGUUGUUUUAGUGAAAGUGUUGCUGCAACACAUUUUAGAUACUUAAGAGAGGUUUGAAAAAAACAAACGGCCUUCUUUUCUUUUUAGUUUAUUUCACAAUUAGUUUAGUCUGCAUAGAAAAUGACACAAAUAUGACAAGAUGAAACUGUGACAGUAAGGCUUUGCUUACACAUUUGCACAUUGAGCAAUAUUUUAUAUCAUUCAUAAUCUAAGCUGUAUGAUAACUUUAAUGUUAUUGACUGAUGGUGUAAUUAUGCAUGUACAAAAAUUAGCUUUAUGUUGUAUGGUUUCCAGGAGAGACAUGCUGCACUACUUUAUGUAUUUAACAAACAUUAUUUUUUCUGAAACUUGUUGACGCAUCAUGUGCAAAAAGCAAAAAGACAUUGAGGCUUGCUCUGGAUUAACCUAAAGAUCCUAAAUUAUUCGUGAAGCUGCUGGAUUUUGUGAUUCAUAACUUAUUUUAUUACAGUGAAAUGCAUGAGGUGCUGCUAUCUAAGUUGUUGACAAGCAUGCGACCUUAUUUGGUAACUGUAUUUGAAAUUCUGUACUUUUCCUGCUUCUUGAAAGUAAAUUCUGUGUGCAUAAGAAAGCAGAACUGAAUAAUCAGAUAAGUUCUGCUGUUGUUUUUAACUCCUUUGUAAUAAAUAAAGAACAUCUUUCUUACAAACGGUGCACUUGAAGAUACAUUUCACUUGUAAAAAUACAAAAAGUACUUGAAGAAAUGAAACUACAGUGCAAGUGUCUCAUCUCAAAUCCCCUUUUGCCUCUUAGAAGUCAAAUUUAGGGCUUUUUGGUGUGAUAUUUUUGCCAAGUUAAUGGAUUUAAAAAACAAAUUGGAUGCAAAUAACAGUUUAUACAAGGACACAUGUUCUUCAUUUUUCAGUUGUUGUAGCUUUUGUUUGUGUUUGAUUCAGAUAUAUCACAUUCGCUUUAGAAGAGUUUGAAUAUCCUCAGAGCGCCCGCUUUUUAAUAGAAGUCUGAUAAGUUUUUUUUAUUUUUUUCAGUUCUCACUCUGAUGGAGCGUGUAGAUUCAGAUGUUUUUUUCAUAACACAUUUAAGUGUCUCACUCGAUGAGUCUGAUGUCUUUUCAUGUUUGCGUUUAGUUGCAUAACUUAGUUAACUUUGGGUAAACUGUCAUUUUGCAAUAGGAUGCAUGAAGUGACACUUACUGUCACUCUCAGACUUAAUAAGCGUAUUAAAGUGUGUUGCAACAAAGAAACUCAUAACAAAAUUUGAAUGUCUACUUAUUUCAGAAAGAACGUUGAAUUACUUUUAUUUCAUGUCAGUUCCUUAAUUUUUUUUAUUUUCUGUUAAAGUGUUUUCUUUCUUGUA